UGGAAGCCCAGUGGUGCUCCUCGACGGCAUUCUAGUGUAUUUUAGCAUGCGCUACCAAGACUUAUUGUCAAAUAACCCUCAAAGUAUUGUGCGAAUAACCAGGGGGUUUUUAAUAGAAUGCGAUUUUAAUCAUUACACUUACAAUUCCUAAUGGUGCGAUCAGUGCAUAUUUAAUGUGCUAAGGAUAAUUUUCGCUAAAAAUAUCAAUGGAUAUUUCAUUUGCGCUGGAAUUUCACUCGCAUGUCAUGGGCAAUUUUAAACAAUAUCUCAAGCAUUAUGUCCAACAGUUUUAACAGCUUUUUGACAAGUAUCGGAAAUGUUCGAGUAGAACAAGCUUUAAAGAGAAAUAAUCUGGAAACUCCGAGUGGAGUCUGACUGAAUGAUAAAACAAUUAAUCUUAAAGAAAUGAUGGAUGAUCGUCAGGCUGGCAAUGAUGAUUGUUCCGAAGAUUCAAAUGGCGACGUAUCUGAGAGAGGAAGGAGGAAAAAACUUGCCCCUAUGAGAACCGAGGACAUAGAGGAAAUUAGAACCGAAGGAUCGGCGGAUGAUAUGGAUCUAGAUGAAACGAUUGAUUCGCAUAUAGGAGUGAGGAUGGAGACCGAAAGGCAACAUAUUCAAUCGCUUCCUUCGGAUGAUAACGAAGAGGAAGAUGAGGAUGAAGACGAUGACAUAGGAAUAGAUUCUGUGAAUAUAUUAGACACUUUGCCAUUAGAAGGUGCACCAAUAGAGGGUCAGGAGGUAUCGGAAGCUGAUCUACUUGGCAAGAUAAACGACGAUGACGACGACGAUGAAGAAAAGUCUUUGUCUCGGUCAGGCGAAGAAGAUAGCCUGGACGUUGGGAAAAGACUCACGCAACACGACGAUGAUUUGGAUCCUGCCAAGAAAAAGCAGAAAAAAGACGACGGUUCGGAAGGAACUGAAUUGGAAUCAAAGGCUGAUAAAAAAUUAUCCAAUAUGCGACGAAACAUUCGGGAAGUAAUGGACGAGACGCAGCUGGACGAGGCGACUCUUUCGGCUCAGCGACAGGAAAUGGAGCGCUUACGUCGUGUCCAAGAGCAGCAGAGGAUUAUAAGAGAGGUUCGCCUGCCGAACACCGUGAUGUUAAAGGUGAACUCGGGCUCAGCAGCGGGAUCUCAGGCAUCGGUCGGUCAACAGUCCGGAAUGGCCCCCAGGCGGCCUCUAGCCGAGGGUUCGCGCUGGCAGCGAGGCGGCCGCAUUGGCGGUUACCCGGGCUCUCAGACCUCGAUAUCGCGAGUGCCGGCACGCGCGACGACGCCCAACGUCCUUCAGCAGCGAAUACGCAUGAUGACGCCCUCGGUGAGCAUCUCGCCGGUGGUGCCCAAGAAAGAGCCGAUCGAGCACCUCGAGUAUUACACGGACUCCGACCUCUCGGACGUCGAUGCGGAGGCCGAGGAGGCGAUCCUGCACGAGAAGCAAAUGCAGCAGGCGCGCAAGCUAUCGGGCGUACCGAAGAUGGGGCAGAAGCUCGCCAAGGGCAAGGAUGUCGUUACGAUAUCGAGCUCGAGCGAGAGCUCGGACGACGAUUGUAUCGUCCUCAGCGACCCGAGCGAAGUCGAGGAGACCGACAACGAGGAUGACCCCUCCAACUCGGGCAUGCAUACCAACGACCGCUACAAUAUUCCCGAUGAGCACGGCCGAGUCUUAGUGAACGUUGGCCAUCCAGAUGACGAGCCAGAUGUCUUUUUAGCCCCGCAAGUCGCACGGAUUAUUAAGCCACAUCAGAUAGGGGGAAUUCGCUUCCUUUACGACAAUAUCGUUGAAAGCAUCGAGAGGUUUAAGACGAGCUCGGGCUUCGGAUGUAUUUUAGCCCACAGUAUGGGCUUGGGAAAAACUCUGCAGGUUGCGAGCUUCUGCGAUAUAUUUUUUCGAUGCACAACCUCCAAGACCGUACUGUGUAUUAUGCCCAUAAAUACACUGCAAAACUGGCUCGCCGAGUUCAACAUGUGGCUGCCGUACGAAGACGUCAACAAGCCAAAGGUCGAGGAAAAGCCGAGUGUAAAGGAAGAGAGCAAUCAGAGCGAUCUGUCGUACAUGUCGAGAUCCGGUUCCGAACAUGAUUCGUUAUCGAGCCAGCAGCAACAUCCGACAGGAUUGAUGCCCGAAAAUAUUUCUUAUACCUCCCACGGUUACAAUCAGAAUCUGUUGCCGCAUUACGGGCCGAGUGGUGCAAUGUUCGAUCCACGUUACGGGCCAGCUUAUCCGGGGCCCGCUGGUUACAAUCCCAUCAAGACCGAGCCCACUUGUCAUCCACAGUCGCUUAAUCCCGGUAUGAAUUCUUACGGCCUCGACAAUCGCGGGAUGCCCCAAUAUAAUCCGGGCUACCACCCUUCAAACAUGCAACGGCCACCUGCUUAUCCCGGCAUGGAAUCCAAUUUGCACCCCGUCGCUCACGGGAUGAAUUUGCACGUGACGACACCGAUGUAUCCGGGAUAUGGCCCGGCUCCCGGUAGCAUGACGGCCUAUCCGAGCUACGGUGCUCAGCCGCGACCGGAGAGUACGGAUUUCAAGAAGAUGGAGAAUAACAUGGAGAGCCACGAACAGCGCGGCGAGCCCAAUCAAAUGAGCGUGAAGCUCGAGCCCGGUGAAGAGCUGAAGAAGGAGGUGGUAGAGGAGCCGAAGAAGGAAAGCGCCCCGGAAAAGGACGAAACGAUUAAGACUCCGUUUAGCGUCGACGCGCCCGUCGACCUCGAGUUGCGCCCGCGGCAUUUUAACCUUCACAUUCUUAACGACUCGCACAAGACAAUGGCGGCGCGCGCUCGCGUCAUACGCGAGUGGCAAAAGACCGGCGGCGUUCUUCUUAUCGGCUACGAACUCUACAGGCAGCUGUCAUUGAAGAAGCCAAACAAGGCCAAGCGGAAACGCGGACAGCCACAGCCUUUUAAGGAUCCAUCGGUGGACAACGAGGAGGAGGAUAAGAAUAAACCACUUUUAGACGAAAUGCACGUGGCCUUGGUUAAUCCUGGCCCGGAUUUGGUUAUAUGCGAUGAAGGGCAUCGCAUUAAAAAUUCUCACGCGAGCAUCAGUUUGGCCUUAAAGCAGAUGCGCACAAAACGUCGUAUCGUUCUCACAGGAUAUCCAUUGCAGAACAAUUUAUUGGAGUAUUGGUGUAUGGUGGAUUUUGUGAGGCCGAAUUAUUUAGGAACGAAAAGCGAAUUUUGCAACAUGUUCGAACGUCCAAUACAAAAUGGUCAGUGUAUAGAUUCGACUCCACAGGAUAUAAGACUCAUGCGGUAUCGAGCUCAUGUUCUCCAUGCGCUACUCGAGGGAUUUGUUCAGCGACGCUCACAUUCGGUAUUACAGAUCUCUCUUCCACGUAAAGAAGAGUACAUUCUCCUGGUGCGCAUGACAGCUCAUCAGCGGAAGCUCUACGAUACCUUCAUGAAUCAAGUGGUGAAAACACGAGCUGUUCCCAAUCCUCUUAAAGCCUUUGCGGUCUGCUGUAAGAUUUGGAACCAUCCGGAUAUACUGUAUCAUUUUUUGAGAAAGCGUCAGGCAAAUGAGGAGGACGAUCUUGAUUUGGAGGAGACGAUGGGCGACAAGGCGCCUAAUACACCUGGCGCCAAGCGCGCAACCAAAGCUCGGCAGCCUAAAGGCGAGGGAAAGAAAGGGAAGAAGGCGAAUAUGAAAAAUAAGCCGGCAGCUAGUAUACAACCGAAUUCAACAGCCAUGCCAAACGAGAAUACGGAAGUCGAUGGUGAAAAGCCGCAAAGUUUUCAAAACUUUAAUGCUCCCGCGCCACCGCAUCAUCAACCACCAAUCGCUAAUGCUAGUUUCUCACACGCUAACCCACAAAGCUCUUACCAACAACAUCAGCAGCAGCAACACGGCUACCAUAGUAAUGAAUAUAACGAUUUUUAUGGUAAUCCGAACCAACAAUCGCAACAAAAGUAUCCAUCUGCUGGAAAUUCAACUUUCCAGCCAUAUUCACAGAAUACGAAUUAUCCAUCGAAUAAUCAGUCUCAGCGGCAGCAAUAUCAAGGACAGCAACCGAAUUAUAAUAUAACGUCAAGUGAUAGUAAUACAGCAACCGGUAGUCAUGUUCAGAGAUUUUCCGGAACCUCACCCACAGGUCCAAGUCCAUCGCCAAGUGCGCCCAAUUAUCGAUCCGACCAAAAUCCCCCAAUAGGAGUUACCGGAAAUACCGUAUCAUUUUCACGAUCUAAUUAUCCCUAUCAAGAACGCGAUAGGACUUAUCCCACGACCAUUGGACAAGGACAGAGUUACUCGCAGGUGCCGAAUCAACAAUCCUCUGGCUUUCAACCUCAGAAUCAAACGUCUAAUCAGAUUACUAUGCCUGAAUACGGCACUUAUCCGCCUGCAAAUCAAAAUCAAGGGUAUAAUAACGCUCCUACCCAGUCGAUACCGAACACCAGUAUAAACUAUCAAAGUGGCGGCACACAACAGCCAAAUCAAAAUACAACCCUUGCAAAUAACACCUCGGGAUACAUUAGUAAUCAGCAGCAACAAUGCCCUAAUCCGCCUGUGGUGAAUACUUCCACUUUUCCCCAAAAUCAGCAAAUGCCAAGCUCCGUGCAUCAACCGUAUCAGAGUCCAGUGUCGCAGCAGAAUUCCAGUGUCCCACCAAUGCAAAGUCAACCCCAUUCGUAUACAGUGAAUCAGUCAGGGACACCUAAUCCGCAGCAGCAGCAGCAGCAGCAAGCACAGCAUGCUUAUCAGGCAAAUUUGCCACAAAAUCAAAUGAGGGGAUAUCAGAAUUUGCCACAAACCCAGGCCCCUAAUUAUAUGCAGAGUCAUGUGACUGCUAAUCCAAAUCAACAAAAUCAACCUCAUGCUUAUCCCAAUGAUCAACAGCAGCAACAGCAACAACAACAGCAACAACAGCAACCUCAACCCCAACCCCAACAUGGAUAUAAUCAACAACCACCAGCGUUUUCGCCUACAGCUCAACAGUCCCAAGUACCAAGUGGACAAAUGGGAUACUCAUCUAAUCAAUCGGCACCGACAGUGCAAUCUGCUCAAGUACCUCUUGCUUAUCAAUCGGCUUCUCAAGCAAACCAAACGAAUUCUCUCGCACAAAAUCAACCUUUGAAUUAUCCUCAAAAUCAUCAACCCCGAGGUGGCAAAAACGUUAAUCAAGACGAUCAACAACAUGGUUAUCAGCGAACCGAUCCUCAAACUGCUCAAAAUCUUAGUAGCAAUUAUCCGGUGGCGCCAAGCACGCCUCAUGGCUUUUCCCCUACGAAUCCCCAAGUUGUGCCGGUUAAUCAGGUGCCUGGCAAUCAGCAGCAGCAGCAGCAGCAGCAGCAGCAGCAGCAGCAGCAGCAGCAGCAGCAACAGCAGCAGCAGCAGCAGCCAACGAUACAAGGUCAAGAUCAAUUUUGGCAAAGAAAUUAUCAAAAUUGUAACGAUCCGUAUUAUAACGAUACCAACGUAAGUCAAUACCACGGGAGUUAUCAAAGUAGCGUUGCUGCCCCUGGAAAUUAUCAAACGACUCAGCCGAAUCAACCGAAUCAGCCGAAUCAGUCGAAUCAGCAGAGCCCACAAAUUCAACAGAAUCAGCAAACCCCGCAAAUUCAACAGAAUCAGCAAAUCUCACAAAUUCAACAGAAUCAACAGAAUCAGCAAAAUCCGUAUCACGAUUAUUCUGGUAAUAGCAUGACCGAUGCGAAGAUGCCGCAACUGGGUGUCGGAUCACAUAUGCAAAACUCGGUGCAACAGCCCAGCAACGUCAAUUCAAUUCAUAAUACACCGACCCAGCCACUUCCGCCGGUGAAUAACACACCAAUUGCCGCCCCGUCGUUCAGCAAUCCAGUUAAUACGACGCCUGGAAUUGUCAACACCGUCCUUAAUAAUCAGGCUAUUGUGGAGCAGCCGCAUAAAGAGGAGAACAAAGACAAGGAUGACUUGGCGGAUAAAGAUAAAGCUUCGGAAAAGGAUAAGGAUAAAGAAGAGAAGUCGGAUGACGAGCUCGUGACGAAGGACGAGACGGAAAAGGAUAAAUGUUCACUCGGUGGUCUAGCAGGUGCUAUGAGUAAUCUCAAAGAUGAUCCGGGAAUCCCUUACGAUUGGGCGACUGAACUGAUGAAAGGUUACAUGCCAGGUCUUAUAGACGCCUCGGCAAAAAUGACUCUAUUCUUUUGUAUCCUCGAGGAAGCGAUUCGUCUAGGAGAUCGCGUUCUCGCCUUCUCGCAAUCCUUAUUUACCCUGAAUCUUAUCGAAGACUUCCUCGCUAGAAACAACUUCAAAUACGCGGAUGGUCAGACGGAGGCUUGGCUGAAAAAUAUCAAUUACUAUAGACUCGACGGAAGCACUAGUGCACUCGAGCGUGAGAAGCUCAUCAAUGAGUUUAACGUUAAUCCAAAAGUCCACUUGUUCCUUGUAUCAACGCGCGCCGGUUCCUUAGGUAUUAAUCUCGUGGGGGCUAACCGAGCCAUCGUUUUUGACGCCUCGUGGAAUCCUUGUCACGAUACCCAAGCCGUUUGCAGGGUUUAUCGUUACGGUCAGCAAAAAAAUUGCUACGUGUAUCGGCUUGUCACUGACAAUUGCUUGGAAAGGAAGAUUUACGAUCGACAGAUCAGCAAACAAGGUAUGGCCGAUAGAGUGGUGGAUCAGUGCAAUCCCGACGCCCAUCUGUCGCUUAAGGAGGCGACAGAGGACAGUCAGGUGCAGGACUUUUCCGACUCGAAGGACAAAUACACCGACGAGGUCAUGCAUAUAGUCCUCGAUAAGCACUCCUCUCUCUUGACUAAGCAGCCGUUCCACCACGAGAGCUUGCUAGUUGAUCGGAAAGAUAAGAAGCUGAGCCAGGCGGAGAAAAGGCUUGCCAGGCGAGGUUAUGAAUUAGAAAAGAUGGCUGCCAAUUGCUCGAGGCCCAGCUACAAUUACGUUCCUGGGAAUACAGCAGCCAGAGUGUCUGUUUCAUCAGGAAGCCUACAGAUCAGACAAAUACGGGGCGAUGGUAGCGGACCAGCACCAAAACCAGUGGCAUCCGUCAGACCGAUGCAGCAACGUGGUGCAGAGGGUCUCAAUUCGCGAAACUCUAGUGGCAGCAGAUGGAUACCAGCGGAAGUUUGGCAGCGGCAGGGCAUGAGCGCGCAGGAGAUGACCUUACCCUUGGACGUCGUUAUCCCCACAAAUUCGCCCGACAAGGGCAGUAUCGUAUUGAAGGCCGGCCAGCGGGUCAUGGUUCUUAAGAGCCCGAAGGGAAUUUACAUGCAGCUCGAGUCCGGGAAGAUCAUUGCUAUUAGAACAGCUUUAAAAAUAAAUCAGCAGAAGAAGGAUGACGAGCCACCGAAAAAAAGUGUAACUCCGGCACCACAACGAAAUAAUAAGCCGGAUGUAAGCUUCCCUCUACGUAAUAAUUCAGCCAUCUCGAUAAUCCCAAAAUCGUCGACAUCCAAUGCGCCUGCUCAACAGAAUCGCUCGAUCGUUAGGACGGGUGUGAAUUAUCGGCCAUUCGGCGAAAAGGAAGUAGCCAAGAGGACAAAACCGGUAGCUACGGCCACCGCCAAGCCCUACUCGAGUCAAUUCAGUACCAAUCAAGUGUCAUUGUCAAGAGUUAAUAAAUCAAAGCAGGACAAUCCAAACGACAUUGGCUCCAUGGGCGAGAACUCGAAUUCAUCCGAUAGCCACAAGGUGCGAACGGAGCAGAGAGUCGAGGAAGUGCGCAUCGAGGAUGUCGUGGCCGAAGCCGGAUCAAAUUCCGACUACAGUCCGUCUAGCCGCCCGUCGAAUUCCGACACCGACUCGAAUUUACAGAGACCCGUAACGGAGAACAAGGGUAGCUCCAAUUUCCCCAUCGACUCGUCAACGGCAAGGUCGCAGCCUAUAAUAAGGCAAGCACAGGAUCGCGAUUGUUACCUAUCGGAACAGAAGGCGACUGUGCCGAAGAAAUUCGACCUCGGCAGAUCGGGCCCGCACAAGGAUAAGAAACCAGACGGCAGCGACGAAAUCAUUAUCGAUGACUCGUCGCAGCACCAGAUCCAACAUUCCCAUGUGCACCAACAACAUCCACCUCAUCAGCUUGGCCAUCAGCAUCAAACAGUUCACCAGCCGAUUCCCCAGCAUGCGCACUCAGGUCGAGGGCAGUCACGCGUUCAGCACAACAGCGGUGUGCCCCGGGUGACGUCGGACAUCGUUAUCAACAGUGGCAAGAGUGCCAUCUCCAAUACGAAUCUCGUCUCCCCACCGGUGACGCCCGCACCGGCAGCCGCACCAGCACCCGCACCCGCACCCGCACCAGCACACGCACCCGCACCCGCACCCGCACCCGUACCCGCGACAACGACACCGUCCAGGACGCCAAAGCCGGCGCCCACCGAGCCUAUCAUAUCCCACGAUACCUCGAUUCCCGGUGAAGCUAUCCACGCCGCGGGAGUGCCUCAGGGCUACCCCUACGCUCAAUACCCGAGGUACUACGAUUAUGGUGAUCCGAGGUCGAGGCCGCUUACGGAUCCGUACGGCUCGUAUUUCCCCUCGACGGCGCCGCCCCAUCCACCGGCUAUUUUAUCCCGGACGUCAGGUCCGGAGCUCGGUCAGGUCACUCAGCCACCAACGCCAUUGAAGCCAGUGCUCCCAGAAGAGACGCCGAAGCUCAAUCUUGAACCAGCGCCAUCGGUCUAUUCCCGUGUCGGCGCAUUACCACCAGCCAAAGCCAUCGGACCCGCCGAUCUCGGUGAACCUAUUACAACGAAGCCCAUCGACCCGACGCCGGCCCCAAGGACUGCCACUACCGGCCCCAGCGGCGUACCAUCAGCCGUCAUUAGGGAAGAGCCUCACAUCCCCACCGCAUUUAGUCAUCCGUCGAGUGUGAGGACGGCGUAUCCAGGGCCUUACCCACCGACGCCCUACGAUCCCUAUUCGCAACAUUAUCCACCGGCGCCUGCCAGCUCCGCUACUUAUUCCCCAGGAGCGACUCCUGGUUACCCAGCUUACGGCGGCCCAUCUUACAAUGCUGACUACGCCCGCAUGUACUCGGCCUUCCAUGGACCGCCGCCUCCGAGCGCCGCCGACCCAUACGUACACAGGACCUACGCGCCACCCCCGGCGAGUCACCCCUCCAAUUACUAUCCUCCCUUCCCUCAUCCGCCCCCACCGCCCUAUCCCAAUUACUCCUUCCUACCACCGUAUCCGAAUCCCAAUGUGCCUGCCGAGCCGCAGCCGCCCAGCCAGUAAAGUAGGGGCGACACCGACGAUCGGCGUCGCCAUCCCGGGUGAGCCCCUGUGCCCGAUGACGUCGUCACCGUCACGGGGUUUUGUCCGACUGCACCCUCAUUCGGCCCCAUCAACCCUUUCCACGUAAUGCUACUUACGCUACUACACGUACACGCACACCUACGACGGCUGUUUGCGAUAGUUGCACGAUCGAGAGAUAUUGCGCCUCCUCGGUUGAUUUUGUUCGUCCCAUCUUAUAUCACCUCAUCUUAUUAUAGAUAAAAAUUUAUACACACAUACGUGCUCGCUGGCGUCAUUGUACAUUGAUAUAUUUUUAAUUCGUUACAACGAGUGCUUAUGUUCUUGUUGGCUCGGUGGUAUUGCGCAAAUUUUAUGAUUUUUA